CAUAAGAGCGCACAUAAUCCUUCUGCUCUAUGCUCACAACAGUCGAAGCAAGAUCGCCAUCUUAGCCUGUACGACCCCCGCCGCUUGGAGAGGCGACCUUCGUGAAGACUUUGAGUCUCAGCGUUGGACAACGUUCAGCGAUGGCUGAGAAACCCCGCAUCCUGUGCCUUGAUGGAGGUGGCAUUCGGGGUCUCUCGGAAAUCCUCAUCCUCAAGGAACUAAUGCUGCAGGUCCGUAUUCAGAAUGGCCUCGAUAGCACGCCCGAACCUCGCCAAUGCUUCGACUUCAUUUGCGGAACCAGCACCGGUGGCCUCCUCGCCGUUCUACUGGGUCGUCUGGACUGCACUCUUGACGAAUGUGAAGCUUUGUACAGAGAGUUCGGGUCCGAGAUAUUCUCUGGAGGAUCUCUUCAGAAGCUCUUCACUGGGUCGAAGCAUGCAAGCGCUGGCCUCGCGAAAAUCGUGCGGCAGAAGGCCGGAGAACAGAUGAUGUACGAAGCUGAUUCUGUGGAGAACCCCCAUGUACCCGUAGGUAGCCGUUGUCGCCGUAUCCCGAUCGACUCGUGACGAUUACUUGUUCCGAACAUACGGAGUCCGCUCCAGCGUCGAGCCAUGUUCUAUUGUCGACGCCUGCCUUGCCACGUCAGCUGCGACGACCUUCUUCCCCCCAGUUACCAUAAACGGCGUUGAAUACGUCGAUGGAGCGUUUCAGAAG